AUGUAUGUAUGUAUGUAUGUAUGUAUACAUACAUAUAUAUAUGUAUGUAUAUAUAUAUGUAUGUAUGUAGUAACAGACACCUUCAUAGCAAGUGUUGCAUGUCCAGUAGGUCCACUAACAUAGUUCCCUUUAAGACCACAACAUGUCGUCCAUUGAUCCCCGACUUAACCUUGGAUCGGGAGUCGUCACCUUGUAAGCCAGUUUACAGGAUGUGGGUUAGUCUCUUCUGCCGCAGCUUAAGUCCGGUGACGUCACUGUGGAUUUACACCGGAGAUGUGACCUUCGCUGACGACUUCACUGUUUUUGAAUAUCUUCUCAAAGUCAACGAUUAAAAAAAACUCAGAUUUGCAGUUGUGAGCUGUUCGUUUGGGGGCCCUUUUUUAUUUUUUAUCCACCAUCCUUUGAGGGGGUGCCAGGUUGCAGAAUGUAAAAAAAAAGAAAGAAAAAACAACUAUUUUAAUAAUUAUAAAAAUGUACAGGUAUGCAUAAUUCACACUCUGUACAAUCAUUUGGAAUGUUUUCUUAAAACAACAUAACAAUCAAACCGAUUAGCUGAUAUAAACUGAACCGAAUCGUGUAUUGUAACGAGCACAACUACUUUUAGGUUGCUAAGCAACCAGGAUGUAAAUAAAGACAAUCCUUCGUCUUUAAAAUAGUAAAUAUUGGUACACAAUGUUGGUGUAAUAUCAACAUUUUCCCGCAGGUGGCAGUGUAAGAAAAACCAGCCCUCCGGACCACUUCCGGCAACAGUUCACGCCGACAGCCAAUGGGAUGACCGCCUUUCGCCAGCACACGGACCACCCUUCAAAAUAAGAUGUGCAAGGGACUCUCAGGCAACCAGACAUCCACGUGCCCUACCUGUACGUCGACAUGGGGGCGGCGGUGCUGUGUGCCAGCUUCAUGUCGUUUGGCGUGAAGAGGCGCUGGUUCGCCAUGUGCGCCGCCAUCCAGCUGGCCGUCAGCACGUACGCGUCCUACCUGGGCGGACAGGUGCACUACGCCGAGUGGCUGAAGGUGCGCAUGUAUUCCAGAGCCCUGGCCAUCAUCGGGGGCUUCCUGGUCCUGGCCAGCGGGGCGGGGGAGGUGUACCGGCAGAAAGCACGCAGCAGGUCCCUGCAGUCCACGGGACAGAUCUUCCUGGGGGUCUACCUCAUCUGCAUGGUGUACUCCCUGCAGCACAGCAAGGAGGACAGACUGGCCUACCUGGACCACAUCUGGGGGGGCGAGCUGGCCCUGGUCCUGCUGGAGGUCACCCUGGGCGCCCUGGCCCUGGCCUUCCUGUCCGGUUGUUACGUGAGGCAGGCGGCUCAGGUCCUGGCCACCGUCCUGCCGCUCCUCAUCCUGGUCACCGACGGCAACCUCACCUACUGGCACCACACCCGCAAGGUGGAGUUCUGGAACCAGAUGAAGCUGAUCGGGCACAACGUUGGCAUCUUUGGUGCCGUGCUCAUCUUGGCCACCGACGCCUGAUCUUUUUAUGUCCUGGAACUGUGCUGUAAAUAUCCUGCGCUUUUUAUACCUCUCUUACUUUCAUCUCAUUAAAAGGAACGCUUUCAA